AUGGCCACCACCUCGACGUCGCCACCUGCCGCCAAACUCCUCCCCUCCGACAAACCCAGCGACAUCCGAUACGACCCCCGCACCCACAGCUACACCUGGCCAACGUUCAGCGACCACCGCAGCGGAAACGCCAAAUGGCACCUGCCACGCACCAGGCAGUACGGCAACUGCGUCAUCGAUGUGCGCCUGAACCGCGGCGUGAGGAGCGAGGUGUCGUCUUGGGGGUUUGUCGCACGGGCGGCGAGCAAUGUGAUCACGGAGUGCGUGCAGUGGGGCGGGGGCAGGGGUGGGAAGGGUGCCACAGGCGAGACGGAGAGUAUUGAGGUCACGGUGUAUUCGGUCGUGGCGGAUGGUGCUGGGGUGCUGAAUGGGACGCUGGUAGUGGCGAGUCGCUGA